AUGCAGGACCCUAAUCUGGAACGCGACGUUAGCGCCCUUCCCGCAGACGAGAGGCAGGGGACAGCGAAGCCGGAGAGCGGCGGGACUUCCCGGCUCCAAGAGGUCUUUGAAGAUGUGCGGGAAUCCUCCCAGCUGAGCGUGGCCCCCGCGGAGCCGCCCCUGGUCACGGUAGUGGCUGUGGAGCGGUACUUAGCCGAGGCCUCGCCGCCCGCCGCCGCCCAGUACUGGUACGACGUGACAGUGGCGGACGGCGCCUACCAGGAGCGAUGCUACCUGUCGCCGCGUCUCAACGGCCUGGUGCGGCGCGCGCACCUGCGGGCCGGCGCGCGCGUGCGCCUCACACGCUUCUCGUACCUGUACGACGAGAAGCGCCUCAACUACGGCUUCGUCUGCCUGGAAGACCUGCAGCUGGCCGGGCAUGCCGGGCCGCCCGCUAGCGCCCUGCUCCGCCACCGCCUGCCGCCCCUCCGCGGGGAGAAGCAGCACUACCUGCCGCUCUGGAACAACGAGGACCCCUACGGAGAUGUGUGGGUGGCGGACAGGCCCCAGGAGCAGGUGGACGCCGACGUCUCCAAGGUGACUUCUCUUGGUCAGCUGGAAAUGACCUGGAGAAGCAGGCUUCACUUCCCUCCACUUCUUGUGAGAGUCCUGCACAAGUCUAGACUAAGGUACUACGGGAAACCAGAGAAAAAAAUGGAUAUGCCUUAUCAGGCUUACUUUGAAGUUGCUGAUGGUUCAGGCAUGAUGUCAGUGGUUUUGUGGAAUUCAUUAUGUCCUGAAUGGUACAACAGUAUGAAGGUUGGCACGGUGCUCCUUCUUGAACAGUAUGCUAUCAAAACCAGUUACCCAUUUAAAACACAGCCAACCCCAGGGGAUUCACAGAUGAAGAGAUUUACUACAAUUGAAAUCAGCCUUAAUGUUCGAGACCCUCCUACUAAAAUAAGUAUUAUUCCAGAAGAAAUGGUUAAACCAGAGUGGGGAUUACCUGAAGUUAAAUACCGUUUUAUCACAAGGUCGGAGCUGGAUGACUUACCGAACAAUCAUUCCUGUGAUGUCAUUGGUCUUGUGACAUUUGUAGGAAGGGCAGAGCGAGCAAGAAAGAGAGAACAUGGUGAAGACUUCUGGCUCUACCGUUGGGCACAUGCCAUUGAUGGGACCUCAGACCAACCGUUCAUACUGGAGUUAUUUGCAACUUCUCAACCAGAUGUAUUUGAGCGUAUUCACCCAAUGACAUAUUUGGUGUGUACACAGAUGAGAGUGGUACGGGACCACACUGAGAAUCCUUCUAGCAGAACUUACCUUACGACUUCAAAUGAAAGUCAAAUUUUCAUUUCAGGGUGGCACAAGGGCCAACCAUACACCAAGGAUACCAAAGUGAAAAGCUUCAUUCGGUGGACUAAAACGCAAAAUGAAGCUGAUCAAAUGAAGAAAGCUGUCAUUGGUGGCUAUUACCCUUUUCCACGACCUCCAAACAACUUUUCAAAGUACUGCAAAAACAACAAAGUUGGAUUGGUUUUGAAAGCCAUAGGUGACACUGGAAAAGAGAUUGAAGACCUGCACUACAGAGAGCACAAGCGCAUUGCUGUUCAGGGAAUAAUUAGUGCCAUAAGAUACAUCAGCUGUAGCCAUGAAGCUGAAAAAGCCACAGGAGGGGAACUUGAUCAGAAAGAUACUUCUCAGUCUCUUGAAAGUGCUGCUGUGUCCAAAGAAGACAACUUUCACAAGGGAAAAAACACCAACCUUCAAAAUGAAGAAGCUGAGUCUUCACAGGGGCCAGAGUGCAGUCCUGGGAAACAACAUCAGCACCGAGCUAUACGGUCAAAAAAGAGUUCAGUGAAGAGAAAGACGCCAUGCAGAUUGAAUAAAAAUGCAGAACAGGGAAGCAAAUCAUCUUGCCCCUAUUUCACACGAUCUGCAAGAAGAAAACUUGGCUUGGAUGAAUCUCAGCAUGAAGAUUUUGUGCAAGAUAAAAGCAAUCAGGCUGUAUCAGAGAGCUUCACAGACCAAGAAGGACUGACUGAUAUACCUGAAGCUGAAGAGUCCAGAAGAACUUGUGGUUCAUGGCAAAGUGACCUGUGGGCACAAGUGAAAGACAAGUUAAUGAAAUAUUUGCAUCACAGCACAAUUUUCCCAGAAAGUGUCCCGCGUAAAUUCGAUUAUGUGCACAAAGAUGUACUUAUGCAGCAGUACAACCUUCAUGCAGCAGUGCACCAGCCAAAAGAAACAGAGAAAAAUAUUAAUGAGUUUAGAAGUGCCAGUGGCCUUGGCUGUUAUGAAGUGACAGUUCUGGGUAUAAACCACAAUGUUGCAAUAGAUGUUGCAUUUCUUCCACUCUUCUGUCCUGAAGAUCCUCACUUAUUUCAACUAGAUGACACUGAAAAUGAUACGUUGCUGUCUUGUAUGAGUCGUAUCUCUGCAUGUCAGCAGAACGCCACUAACAAUGGAAAGCUUCAUGGUGUGUUUCCACUUUCAGAUGAAGUUGUAAAAGCAGCGAUGGAUCUAGAUGGCAAACACGUUGUCUGCAUCCUGGAUGUCUGCCACUUGGGUGAAGAUAAGGUAGAAGUCUUUCUGAGCAAAAUCUACAAGACGGUGGAACCUGAUGUGAUGGAUCCAGUGUAA